AUGCACGGAGUACUAUACGAAACUGGAGUAUUUAGUAAUAGCAAGUCCAAGAAGGAACUAUCGAGUCUGACGCGACCAUUGACCAAGCUGAGCUCGACCUUAGCUGAAAUCCUGUAUACAGCCAAGGAAACGAUUCGUUAUUCUUUUGGUAAGCCUGACAUACGGUUAAAAGAAGCGAUUUAUUGUUAGCGCGCAUGCAGCACGAGUGUUUGUACAUAUGAUUUAGGCGGCUGAACGGAUUGAGGUGAAGGUAAAUUUGGGCCGAAUGGUUCCUACGAAAUAUGCAAAAUAAUCUUCUUAUUUCAGUCGAUUUAAUAGUUGAUAGGGAAACGCGGCAGUUGCAACUCAGAAUGGCAAAUGAACUAAUGCAGAUCUUCUUGCCUCGUACUAAUGAAUUUUGGUUUAUUCUUUUAUGCUAAUUUGAGUUCGGGUUAACGUAACAUUAUGGCCACUCUAAUUCAUGUUCUUUCUCUGGGCCAUAACUAAAAUAUAAUGAAAAAGAAAUCAUAGAAUUCCAACUGAUUUAAUUCAACACCAGAUGGCAAAUCACACAGUAAAAAAAUGAAUAGUGAUUUUUUACGUAAAGAAUUUCGCUUCCAGUCAGUUUGACGAAAAUUGCCUUUUCAGUUCCGUGACGUCACAGAAAAACCGAGUUCGAUCCUUCAAUGGCAGCUGUUAGCCGUGUAACGUCAGAUGCGAAAAUUUGUUCUUAGGAUUACAACAAAUCAAAUAUAAUAUUUUUGUUAUCACCAACAAAAUGAUAGCGAAGUGGCAUUCGCUACGGUCAACAUGUCAAAUGUAAUAAAAUCAAAAUAAAAUCUUGUUAUCAGGUCGAUGAAAUUUUUCAAUUUUUCUUUUUCACGCUCAUUCGCCGUGAGAAUCUUUUCCAAAUAAGUCGGUUACACUCCGUCAGACAGCGUUAUUCCGGUGUAUCUCAGUAGCGGAAUUAAUUUCAUGUUUUCUGGUUAAAACUGUUUGUAAUUCCGGUAAAGCUUUCGACAUUUAAGAUAACGAGGGGAGCGUUAUGGAACAUUUUAGAGUAACCAUUCUGUUUUGGCAGCCGCGAGUGAAAUAUUAAACUUGAGAAACGAGGAACAAAUAAAACAUAUAGGCAUUAUAUGUAAAGCACUGUAGACAUCGGUAGCGAAAUUGAAAAUACUGAAAAAUGGUCUCUUCCCGAUCAAAGUCAGCUGGCACUUGUUUCUCAGCGAAAGCCAUUUUAAAACGGGACAUUUAAAGGCUCCAGGUUUUAGAAAUAUUAGAUUUUGGAAAAAUCAACAAGUAGAGCUUUCUCUCACUUGAAAUUUUCGGAAUUUAUUUAUUCAUCUGAUUUUGAUAAUCUAAUUCUGGAAAUUGAAACAAUCACUGAAUAUUCUUGGCGGCUCAAGAUAGUGGUGCUAAUAAACAGAAUUUAUUUAUUGCAUAACAACUUAAUUGGAAUAUCUUUAAUGCCUUUUACGCUCGGAUUUGUAGCACGCGCGGUAGAGGUUUAAUUAAUUUCUUUGCCCGAGUCCUUUCCGCCUUCCAUCUCGGCUCCUUCAAUUCUCCGAGGUUAAAUCGAUGGUUUUCGAAGUUUUUGAGUUCGCAGUAAUAGGUUUUGCCAAGGGCCAUAAUAGGACUCUUGGUGUUGCCUUCUAAAAAAAUUGAAAUAUUAAGACUGAGUACAACAAAAGAUACGGUGUACUGCUGCAAGUUGUAAUCGCACUUUGUAAUACCUGUCGCAAUUUGCAGUAAACCGUAUCGCACUUUGGAAUAAAACUAAAAGCUGUCGCAAUUUGUAAUAACUGGCCAUCGCACUUUGUAAUAAACUAAGCUGUCGCAAUUUGUACUAAUUCCAUCGCACCCUGUAAUAAUAUUUUGAGAGUUAUUAAACUUACUUCGUCAAUGCCAAAAUACGCAUGGCACUUCAUAAACAAAGAUGAUGACGUCUGCUAGCACGUACGUAACAUCUCCGCUCAUUCAAACCAUUGAACUUUAUUCACAGUCCUAAACAUUUUUUUAAAAUUAAUGUUGAUUAGUUAUCUGACUUACGAAAUGCUGUAUUCUUAAACCUUGCUAUUGUACCAGGUGGUUUGCAUUCAAUGGUUACCCGGCGGGUGUACUUCCUUAUAUGGCCAAAACGGGUACGUACCUCUGGACAGAGCAUUGUCAGAGUACAGGAUCUAGAGACACUUGACACAAACGAGCCAUUGUUAAAAAGCAUUUAAUUUUCGCAAAUUCGUAACAUCCAUCCUACAUCGUUCGAAUAAGGACACCAGGAAAGUUCAAGCUUUCCUUGUUAGAUCUUAUAACAGGUCGACACAACACGUGGUGCACCGUCCUUGUCUAACGCGCAAUCUUAAAGAAGUAAUAGUAGCUUCCAUAUUUUGGCCAAGUUAAUCAAAUGAGGCCUGGAAAGAUUCAAACUGUUCACUGCAAAUGAACAAAAAAUGUCACCAGUGGCAAACCGUCGAAGCACAACAGAAACAUAACCACAAAAUCCAAUUAGUCGCUGGCCAAUACCUUGGUAUGUAUCUGUUUUUAUAAAACUCACUUGGGGUCUUAACUGAGCCGGCUGGCCAUUUGGUCCAUUAUUCUCACUUGAUUUGGUCCCAUUUCAAGGAACAAAAGGAGUACUCGUUCCAUCUUAAAAAAUUUUUUUCUUUAUGGAGUCCUCUAAAGCAAAUACCAUGGCGAUAGUAAAAAUUCUUCUUCCCUGCGUAUAUACAAUACGUUAGACCUUGCAAUUCUUCCGAGCGUGUUCAGGAUUACUUUUUUUCCCCACAAAAUGGAAAGGAUGGGAUAAACCAACCAUUACUACUUGAGUUACCCUAUCUAAGGAUCAAACCAAAGACGCAAGGACAACAAGAUAAAAAAUGAUACCCUAUUAAAGGCUCGAGAUCCUUAAAAACCAUAACCUAUCCGGCCGGUACUUACCUAUCUACCCCCUACGAAGACUUCACGUGUCACGUGGCAUGCAGACAUGGAUUUAGACGACGAAUGCCAGGUUAUUCAUGAAUUUUCUGUUGUUAAAUGUUGCUUUUGUUAUUUAAAUAUUUUUGAAUUCAAACAUGAUUCAUAUCUCUUUGGUGAUGUAGCAGGAAGUUUCAUAUCUUUCAUAAAAGCGAUUCUAGUUGGUCACGUGAUUAAUCAAGGCAAAAAAAUUUAUAGCGGAAGAUAUGGAUGUUUGACCAAAGAAAAUGUUACGGAGAUGUUACGUGCUAGCAGACCUCAUUAUCUUUGUUUAUAAAGUACCAUGCAUAUUUUUGCAUUAUAUUAAUGUUGACGAAGUAAGUUGAAUAACUCUCAAAAACUUAUCACAAAGUGCGAUGGAAUUAUUGACAGCUUAGCAAAUUGCGAUGGACAGUUAUUACAAAUUGCGACAGCUUUUUUAUUACAAAGUGCGAUACGGUUUAUUACAAAUUGUGAGAGGUAUUACAAAGUGCGAUGGAUUUAUUACAAACUGCGACAGUACAUACGGUAAUACUAAAUGAUAAUGAACACUGCUAAUCUGACGGCUGGGUAUAUGUUUUGAUAAAAAAAGCUUUCAUAUUAAAAAUGUUUAAUCUGAUUACUAUACUCAUUUUUAAACAUUUUAAAUCAUCUUCAUUUAAGGUAACUUCAACAAAACGUUAACCAUAUUCAAAAAAAUCACUUUGGCGCAGUUUCGAUUUGGAGAACAUCCACCCCUCUUUAAAAACGCAUUAGUUGGAUCACUUAAAAUCUCACGAAUCUGGAAGGGAAUCGCUUUAUUACAACAACUACAUAAACUGAUAUGUCAGUUAACGAAGACAUUACCGCAUCAAUUAGCUUAAUUAUAGAUAACCCUUUUUCAUCGAUGCUAGAUUUCUCUCAUUUUUCAGGACUAGAUAAAAAUGAAGCCGAUUUGAAACCAUCGAAUUAGCGAGGCAAUCAUUGGGCUGUUGAUUACCUUCUAGGGAAACGACUUUCAUAUACUUUUCAUUUUGUUCCGUUUUAUGCACCAAUGCCCUUUUACACUCAUGGACGCGAAUGUUUGUCCACUCAUAGAAAACUGGUGUUCACCUAUCCCGCAGAGGUAUUACAAAGUGCGAUGGAUUUAUUACAAACUGCGACAGUACAUACGGUAAUACUAAAUGAUAAUGAACACUGCUAAUCUGACGGCUGGGUAUAUGUUUUGAUAAAAAAAGCUUUCAUAUUAAAAAUGUUUAAUCUGAUUACUAUACUCAUUUUUAAACAUUUUAAAUCAUCUUCAUUUAAGGUAACUUCAACAAAACGUUAACCAUAUUCAAAAAAAUCACUUUGGCGCAGUUUCGAUUUGGAGAACAUCCACCCCUCUUUAAAAACGCAUUAGUUGGAUCACUUAAAAUCUCACGAAUCUGGAAGGGAAUCGCUUUAUUACAACAACUACAUAAACUGAUAUGUCAGUUAACGAAGACAUUACCGCAUCAAUUAGCUUAAUUAUAGAUAACCCUUUUUCAUCGAUGCUAGAUUUCUCUCAUUUUUCAGGACUAGAUAAAAAUGAAGCCGAUUUGAAACCAUCGAAUUAGCGAGGCAAUCAUUGGGCUGUUGAUUACCUUCUAGGGAAACGACUUUCAUAUACUUUUCAUUUUGUUCCGUUUUAUGCACCAAUGCCCUUUUACACUCAUGGACGCGAAUGUUUGUCCACUCAUAGAAAACUGGUGUUCACCUAUCCCGCGAGCAAGUCCCCCACGAGGGGGAGCCGCAAGAAGUCACGUGUUCUUUUGGGCGGCUCGCUUCGCUCGCCACAAGGAAUGGAGAGCUUGCUCGCAGGCUAAUUUCGGCCUUGUAGAAAGCACUGCAUGAAAUAAGGUGGAAAAGACCGCUUUUCCUUAUGCCUUUUCAUUACACAUGGUCUUUCGUCAGGUAUCGCUUGUUUUUGCUUUUUGUAAAAAGUGAAUACAACUUAGUCGUGGUCCAGAUAUUGGUUAAAAAUGCGCAAAGGAACCUUAAACGCAAGUCAGCUGAAUUACACCUUUAAUGUAGACGUCAUACAAAGACUCGAUAUCAGCUGCAUGCUUUGAUUUCUUUUUUUCUUAAACCAACGUUUUCCCAUGUAAUACGCGAAUAAAGGCCGAGUGAACAAAGGCACUUUUCUUCCGGAGCAUUAGAAUUAAAGACAGACUGAAGAACAGCAAAGAACAAUUCCAGAUGUCCGUUUAGGGAGAGUAAAAGGCGAGGGAAAUUAUUAGAAUUUUACAAAACGCAAGUGAAAUUAUUUCCUUAUUUCAGGAGUUUAUUUACCAUUUGAUUACACAUACAUAUAAUAUAUUACUACAAAAAAUUGUCUCUUAAUGAGCUAUAGCGUCAACCAUGUUGUGUGUAAGUCCGUUCAUUUUUUCAUCCUUACCAAGUCAAAACAGAUCAAUAAUGGAGGAACCUAGAAUUUGCUUUUGACAGUUGGUUAGCCCUGAAAGCUUUUAAGGGGUCAAUGUGGCUGAUUAGUUCAAUUACCAGGCAAUGAUAUUUAGCCAGACGCAUGAGUGGUAUUCCUGCGCCACCCCACUCAUACUCUGCGUCUUAAAAAAGAUGGUUCGCCUGUACAGGCCUUUUGCUCUCAGACAGGGCACCCCCGAAAACAGAAGGGUAACAUGCAAUUUAUUGCCCUUAGGGAUCAGCAAAAACUUGCCCGCCAAUUCUGUCGGCCCAAUAACACUUGUCUCAGUCCUUACAGAUGCCCGGAAGGGGAUCAAUGCAUCCGUGGGUCAAAAUCCAAAUUGUAAACAGAGAAAAAACUAAACUAAACCAGUUAUUACAAUGACACUCCCUAAUGUGGGAUGGGACGGGUUGAAAAGCAAAGCUUAUUUAGAGGGUACAAGAACUAAUGGGAUGCUAAAAAACAACCGGAAUUAACUUUAUUUGAUGUUCCGAUGUACCCAACAUAAAAAAGAAUAAGAAAACGUUUAAAAAAUCAGUGAGAUUUGAAUUUAUUAGAUGGCAUUCAUGCGUACUUGAUUUUAUCAAUGCAAAUGUGCUAAGAUAAUAAAGAGCUGGAGAGAAACCACACCGAGCGAGUAUUCUUAACAGGUAGGACUACUUUUAACUUUCGAAUCCUAAGUAACGGGCGUAGCAAGCGUUUUAAAGCAAGCGUUUACUAUCGAGAUUGUGUGCAUGUUAAGUUGAGGGGAGAGCCGCGAACGCAGAGUAUAAGCAAAGAACUAAAAAAACCCCUGAACAUCAUAAUCCACGCCGCUUAACUUGCAGUCCAACGCAGAAUGAUCGCCAUGAUCGCCCCGAUCGCUGAUCGUACUUGAUUCAGGAAACUGUCAACUGGAUUAAUCUGUUGCAAAUGAAAACUCUUGAGGAAGAUACAAUCAUACAAUCACCGAUCCACUGGUAUAUGUUGGUAUUGGGUGUAUAUAUCUAGAUCUGGCAACCAAGGUGUGAAAAGUAGUUGUCUGACGCCUCUAUCUUAUCGUUCUUGCAUGUUUUGGACUUAAGUCCACACUAAAAUCAUUUCGAAAUCGCGAAGUUUAUGGAAACGAAAAGUUUUCGAGAAACGGGGCUCUUUACAACGGUCUGUUCACGGUUCGGGAAAAUGGAAAGCGCAAAACUCCUGGCUGGCAAAUUUCAUUCCGAAAUCGCGUUUACCACUGAUAGGCACCGAAAAACAGUCGCGUAAACCUGAAAGUGGAAUCAAAGGUAGCUCUGAAGAAAGUGAACACGAAUUUCCGUUUGGAACAUUCCGUCCGGAAAAAGAGGACUAACUUGUUAGAUGUUCCGUUGCUCCCGAAAAUUUUCCAUGGGAACGACCCGAAUUUACUUCCCAACAAGAAUUUCAGGAAACUUUUGGCAAGUGGAAAGUGCACACCUUCUCGAAAGCGGAGUCUUGUAAAAACGGAGUUCCAGUGUUUCAACCUCAUCCCCAGGGAAAAGUCCUAG